CCUCCCAAUGCUCAAAACAAGGAGGUAAAACAACAACAACGCCCCCGUGUUCCACUGAGUUUCUAUUAAACGAGCUGAGGACAAGUGUAAUGAAGACAUUUGACAACGAGCUUUAUCCUCCGCAGUGUUUUUAAAUGAUGUGGAAAAAAACACGCUAGCAGGACAAACUUCUGAGGAGGAACCAGCAACAGAGAGCGACCCGCUGUUGUCUCUGAGAUCACUUGUAGCUCUUCGGUGGUGACCACAUGUGAGUGAACUUUGCCCCAGUUACCAACGACCUCACUCGACACUGCCGCGGACGGUCGCCGGUAUGUUUCCGCUAGACUCCCCGUGGAACAUCUCCUUCGCCGGUUGCGGCUUCCUCGGGAUCUACCACGUCGGGGUGGCCAGCUGUCUGCUGGAGCAGGCCCCGUUCCUGGUGCUGAACGCCCGGCACAUCUACGGAGCCUCGGCUGGAGCCCUCACCGCCACCGCUCUGGUCACCGGAGUGUGUCUCGGAGAGGCUGGCGCGAGCAUCAUCGAUGUUGCCAAAGAGGCAAGAAAGCGAUUCCUCGGACCUAUGCAUCCCUCCUUUAAUCUGGUGAAGAUUAUGCGUCUCAUGCUGCGCCGCACUCUGCCAGAUGAUUGUCACCAUCUGGCCAACGGGCGGUUAGGAAUCUCCCUCACCCGAGUGGCAGAUGGAGAAAAUGUCCUGGUGUCUCAUUACAACAACAAGGAGGAGGUGAUACAGGCGUGUGUCUGCAGUGCCUACAUUCCAGUGUAUUGUGGCCUUAUUCCUCCUACACUACAAGGCGUGCGGUAUGUUGACGGAGGAAUCUCGGAUAACCUGCCUCAGUACGAGCUGAAGAACACCAUCACCGUGUCCCCGUUCUCCGGAGAGAGCGACAUCUGCCCCAGGGACACAUCGACCAACAUACACGAGCUGCGAUUCACCAACACGAGCAUCCAGUUCACCCUCACCAACCUCUACAGAGUCUCCAGAGCACUUUUCCCUCCAGACCCAAUAGUUAUGAAGACCAUGUGUAAACAGGGAUACAAAGAUGCUCUGGACUUUUUAAAGAGGAAUGGAUUGCUGAAUUUUAAUGGACCUCUCAGAGACAGACCCCUGCUCGCUAAUGGAGAGGAGCACAAGCAUUUUGAUAAGGAGAAGGAGGCGGAAGAUGAAAAGCCACAUUUAGAGGAAAAAGUAGUGAUGCUUCAUUCAAGUUCCUCAGUCGAGGAGCAUAUCAUCGAGCACCUUCCACCAGCUCUGCACAAAGCUCUUGUUGAGGCCUGUAUUGAGAGGAGGAGCCUGGUGCAGUCGCUUAGCAACCUGCUUCCUAUGAGGAUGGCCUCAGCCAUGAUGCUCCCCUACACUCUCCCUCUGGAGUCUGCUGUGUCCUUGACUCUCAGACUUCUGGAGUGGCUGCCAGAUGUGCAGGAAGAUGUGGGAUGGAUUCGCGAGCAGAUAUUAAAACUCCUGCAGCAUGUUCUUCGCCAGGCCUCCAAAAGCAUUUCCCAGCAUGUGUUUUUAGAGAUGAAAUGGUUUUCAUGUCAACUGGAGCUGCACCACUGCCAGUCGCUUCCGUCCCAGUUCAGCUCCACCAGCCUGUUUCCCACCUGGGUGAAUGGGAGAAGCGCUUCAGUCCAGGAUAUCAUCAUGCGUCUCGACCAGUACAAGACUCAGCUUACUGGAGUUCUGUCUACGAACAUGGACCUGCAAGGCUCAAUGACAAAUGGACCGACGUCACCAGCUACAAGCUCUUCAUCCCUCCUCUCCACAGAAGGCCUCACAAUGCACAGAGUUUGUCUAAAUAUUCCAACUGCUGCCGACACUGGAGACGCCAUCAGCCGCUGCUAGGCUUCUCCCGCAGAUGCUACUGCUCUGAGAUUCAGUCGGACUGAUUCUACGUCCAGAAACAUUUAAAAAAUAAUUUAAAUCCAAUUUCAAUAUCCGGUUACACCCUGAUGUUUAGAUACGUUUAAGCUAUGGUAGUAAUUAACCAUAUUUACACUGUGUAUACAGUAUUUUAAGUCUUUAGCUACAAUCAGGAAAGCUCUCAGACACAGCAUGUCUGCAGGCAUACACAAGUGCAUUUAAACGUACCACAUUCACCCAGACAGUCAUGUACAAACUUGAAUUACAGGAUGUUACAAACAAAACUGUGCACUUGAAGUAGCAUGGUUAAAAUAGUAGAGUGUGAAUGUUUUGGGUGGAAUGCAGUGAAACCAGUAGUUAAACAGAGCGUUUCUCUCUGGUGAUGAAUCUCUGCUACACAAGCAGUGAAGGAGGGAAACUCUGUUUGCCACAGAUAGUUACUCCAUUUAUUAUAUGCACAUGUCAAUGCAUUGUUCAGAGAAAAAAACACUAUCUCUGUUUGUUGUUUGUUGUUUGUUUGAAUGUCUAAUAUUUCUUUACACUUAUUUAUAUGACAAACACAAAACUUAUUUUAUCUGUUUUCUCUAGAAACUUGUUUCUAUCAUCUUGAUUUACUUUGUUUUCAAUUUAAAUCUGCAUUUAUGGAUUUUCUUUUUUUAAUGUGAACAUUGAUUUUGAUGUUGCUACAAAUUCUUCAACAUGUGAAUUGUGAUUAUUCAGUCAAAAGAAUCAGUUAAAUCUGAGUUGCACUUUCUUAUUCAAGGUCACUUUAUGACGUCACUAAAGUUCUAGGUAAUAACCUAGCUGUGGUCAAAUACUUGUCUUGUAUGUUAGGAGAAAUUACAACUGUAUGAUCAAGCCCCAACUUGUGCCUUAAAUUUCAAUUAAACAAAUGCCAAGUGAAUUUAAUAUGUUGUCAAAAUGUUGCAGGGAACCAUUUUAUUGUGAUCGUGAAAUAAACUGGCACUGUUUAACAGUAA